CUUGUUUCGCUGAGAUCCAUCUGUUGCCCUCUGCCGAUCGCUCAAGCAAACCCAACAUGUGGGUCCAACGCCUUGUCAGAGCAGAGGGGACCUCCUUCUCACAUUACGCUUGCCGUUCGUUUACAACGACUGGUGUUUCACAAUCCAUGAUUGGACGUCGAGUUCUCAAGUAUCCCCAUGAGGUUGCCAUAACCACCGAACCCUACCUUCCGACACCUUCCUUCCCCCGCGCUACCACACAAGUUACCGUCAAAGGACCUCGAGGUUCCUUGUCAAUGCCACUGCAACCGUUCGUCGCUGUCCAAAUUGAUGCACAUGACCCAACAGCACCGAAAAGGACUCUAUCCGUUUCGGUCACAGAUCCCAAAGACAGAAAGCAGCGAGCAAUGUGGGGUACCACUCGAGCCUUGCUUGAAAACAUGGUAGAGGGCGUUCACGAAGGGUUCACGGUUCCCAUUCGAUUCAAUGGUGUUGGGUACAGGGCGUUGUUCGAGGAAGGGAAGCUGAGUUUGAAGUUGGGUUACUCCCAUCCCAUUUUGUUGGAUAUCCCCGAAGGCGUGGAUGUCAAGAUCCCUGCACCAACACGAAUCAUUUUGCAAGGGAAUGAUUUGCAGAAAAUUACGCAGUUCGCUGCAAGCAUCCGAAAGUGGAGACCCCCGGAACCUUACAAUCAGAAAGGAAUCUUUAUCGGCGAUGAAACCAUUAAAAAGAAGGAGGGAAAGAAGCGAUAGACAUUCGUCAUAGUUUACUUUGCACAGAAAGGAUACUAGAUUAUUUCGCUACGUCGCUUGAUGAGCAUACGUAUCUUUGGGUGCCAGGUGGAGAGGGGACACGGAAUACGUAUCUACUAUCACAAAUUCACAAGCAUAAUACAUGGACCUGCUGAAUAAGCCAGAUUUGAAGGUUCUGGGCCACAGUUUAUUGAAUGUGAUAGAGGUACCAAAAAACAAACGCAAAAAAAAUUAUGUACGCUGAAAAGGAUGGUCGCGGCUUGAAUUACUAAACAACGACGUUACG